AGCAUGGCCGUCCUCGCCUCCCCUCGCUGGACCAUGACCCACGAAGUCUCCCUCCCGACGGGGCUCGAACGCGGGGACGGGGUUCGAUACCUGUCUGUGGUGCAGCUGGUGUUCAUCUCCUCCAUCACCUUGCAGAACCUGACCUCACCACCACCACCACCAACACCACCACACCACCACCACCACCAAUUUGAUCCCUUCCAUGGCGUCCCCUGAGGUCCUUCUUCAGCGUCCUUUCUGGAGCGUGGCCAACACCCUGGUGCUGCCCAUUAGAAGCGACGAGGACGGGGACGGCGCCCCCGCCCUGCGCUCCAUCGUCUCCCUCUCCCUCCCCGUCACCAUCUUCCUCGACGUGCUGCUGGGGGAGAGAAGCAGCAGCAGCAGCAGGAGCAGGAGCCUCGGGGAAGACCAGGCGGGCAUCUUCCGGGCGGUGGAGGCGUCGCUGGCGGGCGUGGGCGUGGACGGGCGGGCGUGUCUGCUGCGGCUCAUCUGCCACCUGCAAAGCCGACCCAUAGGACAGUACACGGUGGUGGGGGAAGUGCUCAUGCUGCUGUUUACACCGAAGCGCGAGGCCGUGGACUUCCUACAGGAUUACCAAGAGGCGGAGAUGGCAGGUCUUGAUGGGGGGGACUGCGCCAGCCUGUACCCCUCCUGCCCCUUCUCCCUGCCCCCCGCCCUGAUGCCCGCCCUGUACGAGGACACUACCACCUCCUCCUCGUCCUCUUCGGAAGGUCAGAAGGCGUCACCGAGCAGCCCCUAUCGUGACCUUGCCUUGCCCGGGGUCGUCCUCAACUGACCUGGCGUGACCUGACCUGGAAGACAAGAAACAGAAAAAAAAGAUUCUGAAACGUUAUAUAUAAAGAAAACGUCAAGGAAAUUUUAACUGACAAAGUAAAUUACUGAAUAAACUUUUCGCAAAUUCGUU